AUGACAUGUGAAUUCGAGAUGACAGACUUAGGCUUGAUGAGAUUCUUUCUUGGUCUGGAGGUUCGACAAGAAGAAACAGGAAUCUUCAUCUCACAAGAAAAAUAUGCAAAAGAAAUCUUGAAGAGAUAUAAGAUGGAAAGCUGUAAUCCGGCUUCGACGCCAAUGGAACUAGGAACAAAGUUGUCAAAAUUUGAUGGAGGAGAACGUGUCGAAGCAGGCAAAUAUCGAAGUUUGGUAGGAAGUCUUCGCUAUCUCACAUGUACAAGACCAGAUAUCUCGUUAAGUGUAGGCAUUGUAAGUCGAUUCAUGAAGGAGCCAGUUUACACACAUUGGAAAGCAUUGAAGCGAAUUCUGAGGUACAUCCAAGGAACAGUAUCACUUGGGAUGUUCUACUCGAAUUUAGACAAAUACAAGUUGGUUGGUUACUCUGACAGUGAUUGGUGCGGAGACAUAGACGAUCGAAAAAGCACUUCUGGAUAUGUCUUCUUCAUGGGAAAUACUGCAUUCACUUGGCUUUCUAAAAAGAAGCCAAUAGUAACACUUUCGACAUGUGAAGCAGAAUAUGUAGCAGCAUCCCUGGUGCGUUUGUCAUGCAAUAUGGCUCAGAAGAUUGAUGAGUAA